AUGUGUCGGUAUAUUGUGUGCGCUCUGCUUCUCGCAGCAGCAUGCAUGCCGGAUGUUGGAGCAGGUAAUAGGCUGACCCCAAGGGCCCGCCAGGUCCUACAGGCGAGCGAUGGCACCACCUCGGCUGCCUACUUGGCCAGCAGCAAGGCUAGCGACGCAGCGCAGCCCCCAGACAGCAAUCUGGGCCGGCGGCUGCAGCAGGGAACGCCUGCCAACACAGGGACGCCCUCUGACGCCUACGGGACGACCACUGGCAAGCAGGGGAAGAGCGGCGGUGCACCUUUCUCUGCCACAGCGCCCGCCCCUUCUAUGACCAUGGCCUACCAGACCAACCAGGGCAAGCAGGGACAGGGCAUACUUGGAACCGCUGAAUCUGGCCUGUCUGCCGGCGACAGAGGCUCCCAGACAAUCGGUUCCACGGGCAACGACGGCGUUUCCGGCACCGGAGCUUCCGGCAGCGGCGCAUCGGCCGAUCAGAGCUGCGCAAACGGCGCGAGCAUUGCACCCGCCCCGGCCUCUUGA